AUGAGAAGCGUGGAGUACCAGCUAAAAUUGUGCAGCAGAGGGUCUGAUGUGGCUCUGCGUGCACGAGCGAUAUUCCCAGACUCACACACAAUACACAAUGCCCUCCGUCUCGUAAGUGAUAAAUACAAAUGCAUUGAUGGAUACGAUAUUCCCCACACAGCUUCUUCACUACCUUAUCUCAAGAGAGUAUUUUUCAACACCUCCCCCACCCCACCAGGAGGGCUCAAGGCGGAUGCCGAGUAUGAAGACAAGAAACCGGCUUCUCUUGCCAGAGCCCAAUCCAAAGCUCACAUCUCAUACACCCCAUGA